CCCCGCCUCCUCUGCCAUUGCGAUUUAAAGGCGCAGAUUGCCAACGCGGACUGAUGCUGAUCGUGUUCUACGAAGGGAGGUGUCGCACGACUCUGGCGAGAAGUUUAAGUCCCCAACGAUGCUGCUGAAAUCAUUAGCGUCCCUCUACGUCCUGGCAGCGGUUGCCUUCGCUGUCCCUGCUCAGGAGAAGCGAAUCCAUCACAACCCUGAUCUGAGUGACCACGCCCACAACGAUGGUCAGGGCUACAAAUAUGACCACGAGGCCUUUCUGGGCAAGGAGGAGGCCAAGACCUUUGACCAGCUGACGCCGGAGGAGAGCAAAGACAGAUUAGCGAAGAUUGUGGACCGCAUUGAUACGGACAAGGACGGGUACAUCAACCACGCAGAGCUGCACUACUGGAUCAAACACCGCCAGAGGAGGUACAUCGAGGAGAACGUGAACAAACACUGGAAGGACUACGACAAGAACAACGACAACAAGAUUGCCUGGGAGGAGUACAAAAACACCACCUAUGGCUUCUAUCUGGCCGAGGAUUUCGAUGACAUUGAAGACAAGGCCACCUAUAAGUCCAUGCUCACCCGGGACGAAAGGCGCUUCAAGUCUGCUGACCGAGACCGUGAUGGGGUCGCCACGCGCGAGGAGUUCACUGCCUUCCUUCAUCCUGAGGAGUACGAUCAUAUGAAAGAUGUGGUUGUGCAGGAAACCAUAGAAGACAUCGAUAAGAAUGGGGAUGGCAAGAUCAACCUAGAUGAAUAUAUUGGUGACAUGUACACACCAGAGUCUGGGGAAAGUGAGCCAGAGUGGGUCCUAACGGAGAGGAAACAUUUCUCAGAGAUCAGAGAUAGCAACAAGGACGGCUACCUGGAUGCUGGUGAAGUGGCCCACUGGAUUUUGCCUGGGGAGGUUGAUCAUGCUGACAAUGAAGCCAAACACUUGAUCCAUGAGACGGACACCAACAAGGACGAGAAAAUAACCAAGAAGGAGAUUCUGGCCAACUGGAACAUGUUUGUGGGAAGUCAGGCCACCAAUUACGGGGAAGAUUUAACGAAGAGACACGAUGAACUUUGAUGACGUUCAGAGGGAAGCUCGGCUGGGUUUACAUUUCACUAUUAUGGAGAUAUUGGUUACAGUUGUAUAAGGGUGGGGGGUGGGGAUGGGUUAAGUUAGUAAAGCACAGUUCUGACUCUUGGUUAUGCUGUAAUCAAGGGUAUAAUCACAUACCCUUGUCCAUGCACUCACACACACACCACUCAACAUCCACACAGACAGUACAGUAGCAGUACUUCCCAAUGAAGUCACAUACUGUGUAUGUGAGCACAGGUGAUACUGAUGAGCAGGCAGUUUGUUUUAAAUAUAUGUCCUUUUGUGUUGUUGUGUUUUUUUAAUAAUAAUUUUUUUAUUCACACUUUGCCGUUGUUCAGUAAAAACUGUAAAUCUCCAAAACACCAAAAAAUUACUGUGGCUACUGUCCAACUUGCACUGGCAUAUAAAACUCAAGAGGCUCAAAAGUGUCCACAAACACACAAGGGAUGCAGUUGUUCUUAUAUAAUAAAAUGUGUAAACACAUCCA